ACCCGGUGCUGGUUGUUAGGGAAACGGGGCCUGGCUUUGUGGUUGCUGAGGGGCAGCUGGUCAGGCCGUCCCCGUCCCGCCCCAACCACACCCGACAGGCAUGGUCAUGGUCAAGCAGACUAUUCAGAUCUACGCCCGACUCCGGCCCACCAAGAAGCCGGCUGCGCUUUAUUCUUUAGCUGAAGAUAGUGGAAAUCCAGUGUUGGAGUUUGUCAUUCCACAUGAUGCAGCUGAUGGAUUUAUAAAUAACAAACGUGAAAGCUUUAAAUUUAAAUUCCAGCAAAUUUUUGAUCAAGGAGCAAAACAAGAGGAAAUUUUUGAAAAUAUUGCCAAACCUGUUGCUGAAAAUGUCCUUGCAGGCUACAAUGGCACGAUUUUUGCUUAUGGGCAGACAGGCAGCGGAAAGACAUUCACUGUCACAGGAGGAGCAGAGCGAUACAGUGACAGGGGCAUCAUUCCCAGGACACUCUCAUACAUCUUUGGGGAGUUUCAGAAGGACAGCAAUAAAGUCUACACAACUCACAUUUCCUACUUAGAAAUCUACAAUGAAUGUGGUUAUGAUCUUCUUGAUCCACACCAUGAUGCCUCCAAACUUGAAGACUUGCCCAAAGUGACUAUCAUGGAAGAUACUGACCAACACAUUCACCUUCGGAAUCUCUCCCUUCAUCAAGCAAACAAUGAGGAAGAAUCUCUCAACCUGCUUUUCCUUGGAGAUACUAACCGAAUGAUUGCAGAGACACCCAUGAACCAGGCCUCAACUCGAUCCCAUUGCAUUUUUACCAUUCAUGUUUCUAGUCGAGAGCCAGGCUCUGCAACUAUUCGUCGGUCCAAGUUGCACCUGGUGGACUUGGCUGGCUCAGAACGUGUCACAAAGACUGGAGUUGGAGGACAGCUAUUGACAGAGGCUAAGUACAUCAACCUGUCACUUACAUACCUGGAACAGGUUAUUAUCGCACUUGCAGAAAAAAACCGUACGCACAUCCCUUAUCGAAAUUCAAUGAUGACAUCUGUUCUGAGGGACAGCCUGGGAGGAAACUGUAUGACGACAAUGGUUGCAACAUUAUCUGUGGAUAAGAGGAACUUAGAGGAAUCUAUUUCAACAUGCAGGUUUGCACAAAGAGUUGCACUUAUCAAGAAUGAAGCUACUCUGAAUGAAGAAAUUGACCCAAGACUGAUGAUUCUUCGUUUAAAGAAGGAAAUCCAGCAGCUAAAAGAGGAGCUGGCCAUGGUCACCGGAGAGACAAGGGCUGACAACCUCUCACAGGAAGAAACACAGAAGUUGGAGGAACAGCUCAAUAUUUUUCUAGAAGAUACUGACCCUGAGGCCUCACUUGAUGUUGGAGCUGACAUGAGGAAGAUUCAGCACUGUUUCCAGCGAUUGAAGUGUUUAGUGAGGGACCUGAAACAGUGUAGACCAGAUGGUCGGAUAGAAAAUGGACCCUUGUCCCCAGAUCCAAAUGGAGAUGAUAUCAUUAACACAGAGAUGAAAUUACGAGAAAUUUUGCAGCAACGAGAUAAUGAAAUAAAUAUUCUUGUGAAUAUGCUAAAGAAAGAGAAGAAGCGAGCACAAGAUGCUAUCAAUCAAAUAAAUUCAGUGAAAUGUGGGAAAGUAACUCCCUCUAGUGCCCAAUCUUCAAAAGAAUUAAACUCAAGUCAUGGAUCAAGACAGCUUUCUGAAUCAGGAUUUUCUAGUAACAUAAGCACCUCGGGGUCUGAGUCUACCUUCAGUUGCAGGACAAUGGCAGGGAAAAUGUCACUUGGACGUCAGGAGGCUUUUGAGAUCUUCAGAAGAGACUGUGCUGACAGCGUAACCAUUGAAGACAACAAACAACUUCUGAAGCUGAGAUUCACCGAAGCAAAGGCACUUGGAGAAAAAGUGAACCAGUCCAGGAAUAAGAUUAAUCAACUGAAAGGUCAUCUAGAACAGAGGAGAAUGCAAAGGGCUGCCUCCAGUGUGACCAGCGAGCCAGCAGAUGUCACUGAACCAGAUCACUUAGAAAAUGAACUUCGAGAGAAAAUAGAGGAAGAAAAAAAGAGUUAUAAAAUGACUUUCAAUCGGCUGAAAGCACUGAAGACAGAGAUCGAGCAUUUACAGCAUCUCUUAGAAAAGUCCAAGAUGAUGAUGCAAAAGGAUUUUGAGGUCUGGUGGUCUGAAGAGGCAAUGAGACUUCAGGGACAACCAUCUGAGGCCACCUGUCAGAAUACCUGUAAGACACAUUCUGUGACUCCAACAGCUUCCCAGGGGAGCCUGCACAGCAGUAGCGGCAUUGAAGCAAAUAGUGGCUAUGUGAGUACAGACUUCGCAACUCAAAACAAUGUCAAGACCUGCAAAUUUCCGUCACCUGACCUCAGCCUGCCUUCAAAUCUUGGCUCGUCCAUUCCCCUGACUGGUGAUGAUCAGACUGACGCCGAUAUUCUCGCAUUCGUUCGAGCAAGACAAAAUCUCAUGCAGAAGAAAGGUCUGGGAAAUAAGUAACUCCCUGAGGAAUUGGAGGUUAUGUGUUCAACAGUACUGGAAGGCUCCAGGAUGCUGCAUUCACACCUUCAGAAUCAGGGAAAGAGCAUGGAAAAUUUAAACUGUUAUUGAAUGCAUUUGAAAAAGGAAUGGGCUAUGAUUAUUUACUGGAAAACCUCUGCUUAUGAUUUAUAAUAGACAGUGCACCAUCACACCUUUUUAAUAAUCAAAGAAUCACAGAGACGUACUACAGGACUGACUAUCUACAUAAAUCUCCUUUGUCUAUGCUUCUUCCUACAACUUGGAGACUUUGGAAAUCCAAGUGCCUUUUCAGACUUGAUAGCACCCUGUUUUGUAGAUUGUUGGUUCCCAGUUUCAUCAUCCUUUUCCUUAUCUGUGCCUUUUGAAGAAAGUGAGCACUGAUGUUUGAUACAGCGGCCCAUUUGGUUGUAGUACCGCAGCAGCUCAGUGACAGUGAUUGAAUGCCCCACUAUAGUAAGUGUUGCAAUUGAAUAAAGGGCUAAAAGUACAAGGUGGUCAUUAAAAAAUUCCAAGUUCAGGAGAAAUAUGUUUGCCCACUGAAUGGUUAGAAUGUAGAACUUACUACUACAUGGAAUAGUUUAGGUGACUGGGCAGAUGUACUAAAAAGAAGAUCUCAGAUAUGUAGAUGAGACAGCAUUAAGGAUAUGAAGAUAACGAGAUGAUGUAGGCUGAUAAGAGAGUCAUUUUGGGCAUAAGAACCAACAUCAGCCAGUAUUAUGUUUCUGUGCUGAGCAGUCUCUGAAAUUUUAUAAAUUUGGCACAUGCAAUAUUUUGUUGACUGUUACAUGAAAUGUUCAGUUUUGUAAUAAAAACAACCGGUUCACUAAUUCGCUUCAAGGCAGCCAUCCUGCAACUCCCUCCAUCUGGCCCACAUGAGACUUGAGGUUCUCACCCUAAUGCUCUCAGGGAAACCAGGGUGACCAGUUAAAAAUGAUACCAGUCACCCAAAUUCCCAGAAGUAAAUAAGAAACAUGCCAAGCUGCAUUGAGCUUACCAGUUAUCUGGUGUAUGAUACAGACCAAGUUUGAACCACAAAUAGUCGUUUACUCUCAGUCAAGUUAUCUCUGUUUAGCAGAGUGUCCACACUUGUCAGAAAGUGAUUAAUAGAAUUGAGGUCAAAUAUGAUAUUUGUCCAAACGCUGCUGAAUAAUGAAAACUCACAGCUUAAUAAUUGAUGGGAUACAAGCUACAACUGAGGUCAGAAGAACCAUACUUCAUGAUUUAACAGUGUUAAGAAAACUAGCAAAAUAAUUAGUUCAAGCUGAAGUAUUAUGGUCUACUAAAUUGAGAUUGUUGAUUCUCUGUGUCUAUCACAAAUUACCCAGAUUGUAUCUUAAGCAAAUUACAUUUUAGCUCACAUGCAUUUUUCUUUUCUCCCUACCAUACUCAUCCCCAAUGGAACAGCUUCUUUCCCUCCAAUACUAGUGCUGGGACCUUGAGGCUCUCGUUUCCCUUCCCCUCAGCCGCUGUAAGUUGACUGGAAAGCUCAUGUUUGCCAAGACUAAGGGGUAGCUAUUCUCUUUGACAACCACUUCUGACAACCCCGUGUUACUGGCAAAAUUUUUGCACCUGCUGAUAUUCUACACCUCCAGCCUGUGGUUCUCUUAGAACCAUCUCCGUCUCUCUAUCGUGUCCAUUCCUGAACAUUUCAUGGCUUUAACACAGCUUAGGGUACACCCUAUUCUCUCACUAUAAACUUUACAUUUUUGACAUCAAGAUUGACGCUGCAUUACUAAAUUCCUCACCCUCCAUGGUCUUUGCUUUCUUUUACAGACUUCAAAUUUUAAAAAUCUAAUCUUGAUAUAUUUUACUAAUUACACUUUCCACUCACCGCAUCACAUCUUAGUUUCCCAUAUCUUUUAAACCUGAUCCAUCUUGUAUGUUAGCCUGAUGUCAGUUACUCUCACUGUUUGUGUUAAAAAUUUUCCACCAAAAGAAUGGAAAUAAUGAAAAAACUAGCAAGAUUAAUGAACGCUUAAUAUUGUAGCUAGCCUUUAAGAGUUUUGACCGGUUUGUGAAACAGAGUUUAUAUGUCAUUUACUUACUUACAGGAAUCAUUUUCUUGCCUUUGAGUAUGAAGACUUUGGGUUUUAUCCUCACUAAGGAAUAAGCACAAAGUCUCAAAUGAUACUUCAGUACAAAACUGAAGUAAUACAGAUCCCUUGCUGGUGUUAAAGUCUCCAUGAUUUAGAGACUCUAAUUUCAUUUAUUUGCAAUGUGGAAGCUUUAUGGCACCAAACAAAACUUACAAUAGAACUUGCCAAAUCACACUCAUGAAGAUGUAUUGGAGUUGCCACUUACAUAUGGAUCACUGAGAUUAGGUCACAAUCACAGAGGAUUGUGGUGGCCCAGGACAUCAGGUGAAGCCCAGUAUGCACCUUAGAGCUCACAACAAUAAUUCAAGACUUACUUUCCUGGACCUCUGCUCCUCCAGCACCUGUGGAACUGUGCAAGUUCCAACUAGUUUUUCCCCAAAAUGGUAGACAAAGUUCAAUUUAUACAUUGCACUCUCAACUUUCCAUUUUGACCAUAGACUUGGUGGCACCAUGGGUGCUAUUUUGUUUCUUCCCUGUUCUAAAUCAAGCCUCUUGCAGGGCCCCUCUGGCUGGAGCAUCCAGCCUCGCCCACCCAGCUCUUUCAUGUCCUGGAUAAAACCUGUGUUCUAUGGUAGAUAACAGUGGAGAUCUUUACACCAAAUAUGAUGAGAGGUAUGUGAUAUAAAUAUAACUUUGUUUUUUGGAGAUUGGGUUUCAUACUAAUGGCAUGUAUGUAUUGGUCUAUUUUUGAAAAAAGAGUUUAAAAUUCAUUAGGUGAGUCUUUCCAGAACCACAAUCUUUAAACUGGUAUGACGAGAGAAUAGAUGACUGCAAGGCCUCUAAGAAUGUUAGUGGACUUUUUUUUUAAUCCUGUGGGGGUUCAUGACAAAAGAGAGAAAACAUGAAGACAUUAGUGAGAGCAGAAUUAAGGAUGAGCAAGUCUUCUUAAUUUAGUUCAAACGUUUUUCAGUGCAAUUUGAGAGAGAACUGACAAUUAAAUAUUGAAAAAGAUAUUGUUCCUGACAGUGAAGAGAGUAAGUUACAUCAGUGAAAGAGUUUAGCUCAUGAAGCAUUGCAGACCAGAAGUUUUUAGUUAAAAACCUGUAGAUUAUGCUCUCAGAGACGAAUUCGAGGAAGAAGACUUGACACAUUGUAGGUCAGGGACUAAGAGAAAGUAGUUAUUUCAAACUUACAGAUUGGACAGACAAUUUCUCUGGAAUUUGAUUAAAUGUAAAGUGAUGUUGUUGAGGAGAAAAUUGAAUUUUGUUUUGCUGUGCUUUUUGAUGAUUCUUUAACCUUGGUUAUUUUAGUCAGUUUGUUUUUGAUUAUUUUAUGUUUUUUUUUUAUGUAAUAUACUUCUGUUUUAUUGUUUAAAACUAAGUCUGCAGCCUGGUACCAUUUUCAGUCUCUAACACCAGCAUGCAUUGAUACAAAUUUUACCAGAAUGCGGUACGUGAGAAGCAUAUAGCUAUUUACUAUUAUUUUGAGUUUAAAAAUAAAAAUCACAUAUAUAUUUUUAUUUUUAUUAGUAACCUUGCAAAAGCAGUUGCUUGAUAUAACAUUUGUAUUAGAUAACAAUAUGACGCUACUAUUGAUCAUCUGCUCACAAUAAAGUUGU